CAACGGAAGAAUUCUGUCGAGCCAGCUACUGCCUGUCAGGGAGAUGGAUUGGCUACAGUGACAAGAGAACCCCUCUUGAAUUGUGGACACCGGAACUGGACUCAGUACUCCUGCAGCGGUGGCACCAGCGCCAAAUACAGAGCUUCCUAUCCUGCAUACGGUGCCUUUGCUGAAGUGCUGCACAUGGUGGACCUGAGAAACCCCCAGGACGCAUUCCGGGAUGGCAGCUAGGUGACGACAGCUGAGGAUGACCCUGACUGAAAAGCUGCGCGAGAAGAUAUCGCGGGCGUUCUACAACCACGGGCUGCUGUGUGCUUCAUACCCCAUUCCCAUCAUCCUCUUCACUGGCCUCUGUAUCCUGGCCUGCUGCUACCCGCUGCUUAAGCUCCCCUUGCCUGGAACAGGACCUGUGGAGUACAGCACUCCGGUGAAGGAUUACUCACCACCUUCUUCAGAGCCAGGCCACCAGCAAGGAGAUCCUAGUGAGAGACCUGAUUGGUACCUGGGCCCUCCCGUGGCCUACAUCCAGCAGAUCUUGGUGAAAGCCACGGUCUCGCCAUGGCACAAGAACUUCCUCGCUGUGGACGUGUUCCGCUCGCCGCUCUCCCGCGUCUUCCAGCUAGUGGAGGAGAUCAGAAACCACGCCCUGAGAGACAGUUCUGGGAUCAGAAGUUUGGAGGAAGUCUGCCUUCAGGUGACAGACCUCCUGCCCAGCUUAAAGAAGCUGCGAGACCUGCUACCUGAACAUGGCUGCCUCCUGCUGUCUCCAGGGAACUUCUGGCAGAAUGACCGAGAGCGCUUUAACUCCGACCCUGAUAUCAUCAAAACUAUCCACCAGCACGAACCAAAGACACUGCAGACAUCAGCUACCCUCAAAGAUCUCUUGUUCGGAGUCCCGGGGAAGUACAGCGGCGUGAACCUGUACAACAGGAAGCGGGUGGUGUCCUACACUGUCACUCUAGCUCUCCAGCGAUAUGAUUCCAGGUUCCUCACCAGCCUCCGCUCCCGGCUGAAGCUGCUGCACCCUAGCCCCAACUGCACCCUGCGGGAGGAGCACGUUGUCCACGUCCACUUCAAAGAGGAGAUCGGCAUCGCUGAGCUGAUCCCCCUUGUCACCACCUACAUCAUCCUCUUCGCUUACAUCUACUUCUCCACACGGAAGAUUGACAUGGUGAAGUCGAAAUGGGGCUUGGCCCUGGCCGCGGUUGUGACGGUGCUCAGUUCUCUGCUCAUGUCGGUGGGUCUGUGCACGCUGUUUGGCCUGACGCCUACUCUCAACGGAGGGGAGAUUUUUCCGUACCUGGUGGUGGUGAUUGGCCUGGAGAAUGUGCUGGUUCUUACCAAAUCGGUCGUCUCCACGCCCGUCGACCUGGAAGUGAAACUGAGGAUCGCACAAGGCUUGAGCAAUGAGAGCUGGUCUAUUAUGAAGAACAUGGCCACAGAGCUUGGGAUCAUCCUGAUUGGUUAUUUCACGCUCGUCCCGGCCAUCCAGGAGUUUUGCCUCUUUGCUGUGGUUGGCCUGGUGUCCGACUUCUUCCUACAGAUGUUUUUCUUCACCACCGUGCUGUCCAUUGACAUUCGCCGGAUGGAGCUCGCUGACCUGAACAAACGUCUGCCGUCAGAAGCCUGCAUGCCCCCGGCAAAGCCAGUGAGCCGCUCCCAGAGGUACGAGCGCCAGCCAGCCAUGCGGCCAGCCACCCCGCACACCAUCACCCUGCAGCCGUCAUCCUUCAGGAAUCUGCGCCUGCCCAAGAGGCUGCGGGUCAUCUACUUUUUUGCCAGGACCCGGCUGGCCCAGCGGCUCAUCAUGGCUGGAACAGUGAUUUGGAUUGGAAUCCUGGUGUACACAGAUCCCGCUGGCCUCCGCACCUACCUCACGUCGCAGGUCACAGAGCAGAGCCCGCUGGGAGAAGCGGGACUGCCUCCCAUGCCAGUUCCUGGAGGUGUCCUUCCGGCUGGGGAUGUCAAGCUUGCCCUCUCGGUCUUCCCCUCGGAGCCCGUGCAGCUGUCAGAGAACCAGACGCAGCAGCAGCAGCGCGAGCAGAAGGAAGGGCUAGAGUCCCGGAAUGGGCUGGAGGCAAAUCAGCAGCCGUGGGCCCAGGGACCGGAGAGCCACGGCAGUGGGCAGCCGGAGCCUGGCACCAAGGCAGAGGUCACGUGGGGCGUGGAGGAUGAGGAGAUCUGGAGGAAGCUCUCCUUCCGACACUGGCCAUCCCUCUUCAGCUACUACAACAUCACCCUGGCCAAAAGGUACAUCAGCAUUCUCCCAGCCAUCCCUGUCACCUUGUACCUGAAUCCACGAGAAGCCUUAGAAGUGCGCCACCCUCAGGAGGCUAAUCGCUACCACUCUUUCUUCCCUUCGAGCCUCGGGAAAUUGGAGGCGGUGGAUCGGCCUGGUGAGGCCUUGCCCAAACUGCAGGGGCACCGGGACGUCACGCUCUACAAGGUAGCUGCUCUGGGCCUGGCCUCUGGCAUCCUCCUGGUUCUUCUGCUCUUCUGCCUGUACAGAGUGUUCUGCCCCAAAAACUACGGGCAGAACGGGCUCUCGCACAGCCGGAGGAAGAGAGGGGACCUGCCCUGCGACGACUACGGCUAUUCCCCACCCGAGACCGAGAUCACCCCCCUGGUCCUCAGGGGUCACCUCAUGCCAGUCCCUCACCCUCUCCCAGCCUGUACGGAAGGGAGUGCUAACCUGCAGCUGCUGCAUUUCAGGUUGCGCAGAGACAGCAGCGGCAUCUUUGAUUACCAGGAGAGCUGGGAUCAGAGCCCAGACCCCAAGAACGGGCUGGAGGAUCCCUUCGACAACAGCCACCCGCUCAAGAGGAUGCUGAGUCCCCUGCAGCCCCUUCUGUUCUGCGACCAGCCGGACCUCACCUCUCUCAUCGACACCAACUUCUCGGAGCAGGCCAAGGCGGUGGAGCCGGAGCCCAGGCACCGCGCAGUCUGCAGCCGGCACAAGGACACUGGCUACAACUUCGGCAGACUGGUAGAGAAGGUCUACGAGGAGCAGAGCGCUUCGAACUGCAUGAACUUUGCCGGCUUCCCGGCCACGCACGGGCAGGCCGUUUCCUGCGCGAGGACGGGCAGCACGAGGGCCCUGAGCUGCGGGACGGGGGAAGGAGGGUGCAGUGCCCGCAGGAAGAGCCUAGGGGACGAGCCUUUGGCCGGAUUUGAAAAGUCCCCCGUCGCUGUGUGGGCCGGUGACUUGGAAAGCUCUGUCUGGAGCCUGGACCUGCGGGGCAACCUCAUUGUGGCUGGCCGGAGCAACGGGAAGCUGGAGGUGUGGGAUGCCAUCGAGGGGACCUUACGGUGCUGUAACGAGGAGGGUCAGUCCGGAAUCACAGCACUCGUCUUCCUGAACAACAGGAUUGUGGCUGCCAGGCUGAACGGCUCCUUGGAUUUCUUCUCUUUAGAAACCCACUCAUCCUACAACCACCUGCAGUUCCGAGGAACCCCUAGCAGGAGCAGCAUCCCAUCCUCCCCCAUGUGCAGCAGCAAUGACCUCAUCAUGUGCCAGCUGACCCACACGGUGCCCUGCGCCCAUCAGAAGCCAAUCACGGCACUGAAGGCUGCGGCUGGGCGGCUGGUGACAGGCAGCCAGGACCACACUCUGAAAGGCCGCGAGGUGCCUGACUGGCAGGCGCCAUCUCUGACGCUCUCCUCUCUGUUCCUGGCGCAGGACCUGGGGUGCGGGGCCAGCCUGGGGGUGAUCUCCGAUAACCUGCUGGUGACGGGAGGCCAGGGCUGCGUCUCCUUCUGGGACAUCGGCUACGGCGACCUGCUGCAGACCGUCUACUUGGGGAAGAGCAACGAGUCGCAGCCGGCCCGGCAGAUCCUGGUGCUGGAGAACGCCGCCAUCGUCUGCAACUUCGGCAGCGAGCUCAGCCUGGUCUACGUGCCCUCGGUGCUGGAGAAACUGGACUGAGGGGGCGGAGCUGGGCCCUGCGGGCCACCGUAUCUGAGUUCUGAUUGGACAGCACCUGGGGUGGGAGGACAGGGCAGGAGCUCCAGGGGGGUUCCCAGGAGAGAGCCUGCUUCUCCCUCCCUUCCUCCCCUUCCCCAGCUCCUUGGAUCCCAGGCGCUCCCCCUGCAGCUGCUUGGGUGGGGCUGAGCCCUGCUCUGCCUGUGGCUCCCCCACCCCAGGCAUCCCCCCGCCCUGCUCUUGCUCCGCAGGUCAGUUCCUCCCUUGGGGCUGCAGCUGAGCUCAGUGGGGAUGGGACCGUGGGGCAGGAAGCCGGUGCUGUCACCAGCUGGGGGAUUCCCUGGGGAAGCUACCAGCGGCCCCGGCACAUCCCUGGCUGGGCUGCACAGCAGGUGGCCGGAAGACCGAGGAACAGUCAGUGGGAUGGGGCUUAACAGAGCCUGGGCCGUGCAAUGCCGUGGGCUUGGGGAGCAUGGGGGUCCAGUGCCCAUGGGGCUGUGACGGUAGACAGGGGAACUCCUGCUACAGCUGGGGAGGAGGCUGCGGGCGGGGCCUAGUGGUCUGUUUGUGGGAUGGGGAGCCUGGCCCUGCUGUGUCCAAGGCCGGGCUUGGCUGCUGCC